CUGUGUGGGUAGUCUUCAGGCACUGGCUGUUAUCUGUAACAACGUGUUUAUAUUGGUAACAGAUAGAGCGUCGUGUUCGCUGCACAUCCUUGACAUACAGGGUCACCCCUGUGCGUUGAGUGAUGGUGCUGUUUUAUCUGUGAGGUGACGAGAACAUGGCCUUGUCUGAUGGGGCUAUAAAGGGGCCGAAGCAGCCAACUGUUCCUCAGAUUCCACUUCUAACUCGCCGUGCCCACAUUUCACGUGUAGUCACUCAUUCAUCUAUUGAAAAAACUUUUAAAAUGUUGCCUGCAACGUUUAAACUGUGUGCUGGCAUUUCCUACAGGCACACGAGAAACAUGACCGGUCUGAGGAAGAAUGCAGUGAUUGCAAUCCAUCAUGAGCUGAACAAGCUUUCUGGACCUGGACCUAGUGCCUGGAUCAACCACAUCCGAAGAAGGAGCUCCCUUCUCAGCAGUCGGAUUGCAGAGGAGACGUACAGUGAAGCUGAGCAGUGUUAUGUGCAGCAGGGACAGCAAGCUCUGCAGAAGUCCAUCAGCAUCCUCAGUGACCAGGACGGCUGGCAAAUUGAGAUUGAGAGUGUCAAUGGUGAUAAGGUGAUGAGCAAAGUACUACCAGACAUUGGCAAGGUUUUUAAGUUAGAAGUGAUGCUGGAACAGAAGACAGAUGAACUAUAUGAGGAGCUGGUGGAUAACAUGGAACAAAUGGGGGAGUGGAACCCAAAUGUCAAACAAGUCAAGAUUCUUCAGAAGAUCGGUCAGGACACUAUGAUCACACAUGAGGUUUCAGCUGAAACACCUGGAAAUGUGGUGGGCCCACGAGACUUUGUAAGUGUCCGCUGUGCCAAGCGGAGGGGAUCUACAUGUUUCCUGGCUGGGAUGUCCACUCAGCACCCUGGAAUGCCUGAACAGAAAGGGUUUGUAAGGGCUGAGAAUGGACCCACCUGUAUUGUGAUGCGACCAAGUGUAGAAGAUCCCAAUAAGACAAAAUUUACCUGGUUGCUCAAUUUAGACCUUAAAGGUUGGAUCCCAAAAACCGUUAUCAACCGAGUACUUUCGCAAACCCAGGUGGAUUUCGCGAACCAUCUCAGGCACAGAAUGGCAUCCAGUGGUGGCGUGGAAGCUGCCAUUGGCUGCUGAUGUCCACAUUUAUACCCUAAAAAAGAUGCCAUAACAAGGGCAACUCUAUUCAGGGUCAAGCUUGACCCACCCAAAACCACCACUCCCAUUUCAGCCUACACUUGUAAAAAUGUCACACAGAUACAGAAGUUAAAUUAUCCAUCAAAACAACAUGCUGCUCUGUGUUCAAGCCUCUCUAUUUAAAAUGUUUUCACAUGCACAGAACUGUAAUAACUCAGAAUGGAUGCUGGAGGUUGCUGGGUCAUUCCAGUGGAGAUUUCAACCCUGAGGAUAAGCUCAGUCUACUUCCUCUGCCACCUUCAUUUUGUGGCUUGAACUUCAUUUACUUCACUCGUAUACUUCUGCAGAACACCACUGACCAUUAAUUAUUGGGCUUGUUCGUUCCUGUUUUAUCAUUGUUUGUAAAAAAAGAAAAAAAGAAGUAUUUAUUUUAAGUUAAUUUUAUUAUUGCAUCACCCUGGAAAAGGAUGUCUGCUUAGUGAAUAUUCAUUAAAAGUAUUAAA